UCCUAGGCCUGCGGAUGCCCCACUAGCACCGGCCUCCACCCUUCUCAGCAGCUUGUAUCUGACCGAGAAGCCUCGGGUGCUCACGUGCUGUCUUGUCCACAACCUAGAUGAGGACGGAGACUUGGUGGCCUUUUCCAGUGACGAGGAACUGCGCAUGGCAAUGUCCUACGUGAAGGAUGACAUCUUCCGGAUUUACAUCAAAGAGAAGAAGGAGUGUCGGCGGGACCACCGCCCCCCGUGUGCCCAGGAGGCACCCCGCGGCCUGGUGCACCCCAACGUGAUCUGUGACGGUUGCAAUGGGCCAGUGGUAGGGACCCGCUACAAGUGCAGCGUGUGCCCGGACUACGACCUGUGCGCUGCCUGCGAGGGGAAGGGCCUGCACCGGGAGCACAGCAAGCUUGUCUUCCCAGCCGCCUUCGGGCCCUUUUCUGAGGGCUUCUCUCACAGCCGCUGGCUCCGGAAGCUGAAACACGGGCACUUCGGGUGGCCCGGCUGGGAGAUGGGCCCGCCGGGGAACUGGAGCCCGCGUCCUCCCCGAGCAGGGGACGCCCGCCCUGGCCCUGCAGCAGAAUCAGCUGCUGGCCCGUCGGAGGAUCCCAGUGUGAAUUUCCUCAAGAACGUAGGGGAGAGUGUGGCGGCUGCCCUGAGCCCUCUGGGCAUUGAAGUGGAUAUUGAUGUGGAACACGGAGGGAAGAGAAGCCGCCUCACCCCCGUCUCUCCUGGCAGCUCCAGCACCGAGGAGAAGUGUGGCUCUCAGCCCAGCAGCUGCUCUUCGGACCCCAGCAAACCAGACGGGGACCCGGAGGGCACGGCGCAGUCUCUCGCGGAGCAGAUGAACAAGGUCGCCCUGGAGUCAGGGCCGCCUGAGGAACAGAUGGAGUCUGAUAACUGCUCGGGAGGAGACGAAGACUGGACUCACCUGUCUUCAAAAGAAGUGGACCCAUCUACAGGAGAGCUCCAGUCUCUGCAGAUGCCCGAAUCCGAGGGGCCGGGCUCUCUCGACUCUUCUCAGGAAGGGCCCACAGGCCUGAAGGAAGCUGCGUUGUACCCACAUCUGCCACCAGAAGCUGACCCCCGGCUCAUCGAGUCACUCUCCCAGAUGCUGUCCAUGGGCUUCUCGGACGAGGGCGGAUGGCUCACCAGGCUCCUGCAGACCAAGAACUACGACAUUGGGGCCGCGCUGGACACCAUCCAGUAUUCCAAGCACCCGUUGUGACGGCUUCUGCCCCCUUGUUCUUUCCCCCUUCUUGUCGCCUCGUUGUGUUGAGCUAGUGUAGAACAGCAGGGCCUCUCUAAGGGCCACUUUCUCUGCAUUCUUCUUGCGGAAUCUGGGGGCAGGGAUGCACCAAGCCAUCAGGGCAGUAGAGCAAGUGACAGAGGGGGAGGCCCCGUGUGUGGAUGCGGGGUCCGAGAAGUGUCUACCGGCUUCUGGGGCAGACGGAGUCCUUGCUGGGGAGGACGCGGAGGCCACACGGCACCCUGCUCCUGCUCUCCCCCACCAGGAUCACACCAGCAGUCCAGAAUGUCUUGCCUAAUGGCCUUCUGCCUUUUUCUUUUUUUUAAUGACUAAUAGUAGGCUGACAUAUAGUUGAUCUUCUGCUAGAAACCUGAUCGGCUCCAAGUUUAGAGCGAGUACAGCCAACAGCCUGUCGGGUGGGGAAGGAGUGAGGACGGGAGGACAGGGCAGUCCAGGACUGGGCUUCUCGAAUCUGUGAAUGAGGAGAGGCUGAGCGAGAAGGGAGGCCGGUGCUCGCAGAAUACUGCCUGUUCCAUAACCACUCUAGUUCUCAUGUUUCCAGACGUGUCCGUUGCUUUUACAGGAAGGAAAACCCUUUGUAACCAUUCUGUGGCUAUGUUGCAAACAAUCAUCUGUAAUUAAACGGCAUAAGCACUUUAAUCAAAGA